AUGAGUCUUCUCUUCUCUUUGCCCACCUCUCCUUUGCGCCGCCGCAAGGGCGAAAAAUCCUCCAAGUACGGAGGACGUAGCUUUGCGAAGGGCUGCCGCCAGGCGUUGGGCUGCAACCUUGUGCAGACCCUCUAUCGCAACUUGAUUGGGUUUAUUCUCCCUUGGGCCUUCUUUUCCAUGAUGCCUUGGGUCGGAGAACAACUCUUCAAGAAGUUUAUCCUCACGUUGGAUGAACCUGACUUUGACCAUCCCUCCUUCAACCCUUACCACCUCUUGUACUUUUUGGUGCUCCCCACCAGUACUUUGGGCGGAAUUGGACUCUUUCUCUUUAUGAAUCGAAAAUUGCCGACAACCAAUAACGAUGCGCUGCCCAGCGAACUCGGCUGCCUUGUGGUGUGGCGUAUUGUCACCCGUGGAACUAACCAAAAGGCCCUCAGUGAAACGGUCGAUGCAUGCCGCAGAGAAAUGAAACGCACUCCUCUCUUCCCUUACUUGAUCGAGAUCGUCACUGAGGAAGGCGCCUAUCUUGACAUGUUGGAAGGCAAAGGCAACAACGACCUCUCCAUCAUCAUUGUGCCCGCGAGUUAUCAAACCUCCCAAGGAUCUCUCUUCAAAGCUCGCGCUCUCCAUUACGCCCUCCAAGCUUCCUCUGUCCCCAACACUGCUUGGCUUGUCCACUUGGAUGAAGAAACCCAGCCAACUCCAUCUGGAGUCCGAGGAAUUGCCAAAAUGAUUGCUGAAGAAGAGGCCAGGGAAGACGGACGUCCUCGUGUUGGACAGGGUGCCAUCCUUUACCACCGUCUCAUGCACAAACAUCUUUUGCUGACUUUCGCGGACAUGCUCCGAACUGGCGACGACAUUAGCCGAUUCUACCUCCAAGCCUUCCUCGGAAAACCUCUCUUUGGUAUGCACGGCUCCUUCAUUGUGGUUCGCAACGACGUCGAAAAGGCCAUUGGUUUUGACUUUGGACUCAUCGGAUCAAUCACCGAAGAUGCCUACUGGUCUUUGAAAUUCAUGGAGAAGGGAUACAAGCUUCGUUGGGUCGACGGUUACUUGUCCGAACAAUGCAACCAUUCCAUCGGAGAUUUCUUGAAACAACGCCGCCGUUGGAUUGUCGGUCUUUCCUUGAUCGGUUUCCGCGCACCUAUCCAGCUCCGCCAUCGCGCCGCCUUGCUCAUGGCAAGCUCCUUCUGGGUCCUUUCUCCCUUGACAUACGUCUCCACCAUCAUUGACAUGUACAACAGAGUUCAGUUGUCGGAAGGCAUGGUGAUGCUCAAAGGCGUUGUGUUUGGAUAUUUCACCACCGUCUACUUCCUCGGUCUCAGCGUCAACCUCAUUGAGCGCAAAGUCCCCUUCCUCCAGCGCAUGUUUUGGUACAUUGUGCAGUUCUUCUCUCUUCCCAUCUCCGUCCUCCUGGAAGCGACUGCCAUUGUUUACGCCCUGCUGAGCCCCGAUCUUGGAUUCCACAUUGUGCAGAAGUAA